AUGAUUAAUCCCAAAACAACAAUAAUAUCGGAAACAAAUGAUGAAAGUCGGACGAAUGAUAGUAAUAAUAAUAAUAACAAUCAACGUCCAUCUGCAACAGCUAUCACUCCAGAGAGUGCUUUUCUUGUAGCUACAAAUUUAGGUCUGCUAGCUUAUAACUAUAACAAAGGCUUUGCACAAAAUAUAAAUAAUAUGUGGACAGGACUCACUAGUUUUAUUUCUAAUCGAGGUUCAGACACGAUCAAACAAAUAGCAUCUGGUGCUGAACCUUCCGCCACUGAAGUCUUUAUUACUAACAAGGAAAACUUAGUCGCCAAAGCUGAAGCCGUUAAAUAUUUAUUGGAAAAGAGAAUGGGAUUAUUCUUUUCAUGGAAAAAUAUUUGUACGGUCACAAAGUGGGCUCUCGUUGUUGCAUCAUCUGCUCAAACAGUCAAGUUAUUAUAUGAGUUGUGGAUUUAUGAAGAUAUUUUCCAUCAUUCAGCUGAACAAUUAGCAGGUUUCAAGAGAGAUCAAACAGAAAUCCACAAGAAAUUGGAUGAAAUGAUUUCCAUUCUUGAACAUAUGUCAAACCUUAUCAUCACCCAGGAACGAUUUACUCAAACCACCUCAAACUCUCAAUCACUCGUGUUACUUGUUGAGAAAUCUCUUUUAAACGACAGCUUUGAUAAGAAUUUCCUAUCUCUCACCAAAAAAUUCAAGAAAUUGCAAGAAUCUGUCCAAACAGAAAUUGAAAAACUCAACGAUCAAAUGAAUUCUCUCAAAAGCCAGAUACAAAAAGACUCUGACUUCUUUAGUGGCAGUGUUGAAAGAUCAAAGACCAACAUGUUUGUUGGCGCUUCAUGCUUUGCAUUGAGCACAAUCUCUACUCUUAUAUUUCCUCCAUUGGCUCCUGUUGUGUUUGCUGGACAUGCAGGUGGUAUUAUUAGUGGUGCAGUUGCUGGAAUUAACUAUGCUCUGUAUUACUACUCUAACUCAAAGAAAGAAAAGGCUGAAUACAGGCUCAAAGAGGUCAUUAAAUUGCAGCAUCAAAUUUCCCACAUUAGAAAUCAAUCAAUGGAGCAUCUCAAUCUCUAUGAAGAACAAAAAGCAAAACUUGUUGAGCAUUUGAAAAAACUUCGAGAGCAGGAAAGAACUAAGAGAUCGAAAAUGGAAGCUAUUUCUCCUGCAAUUACUGACGGAGGGCAAACCGUGGAUACAAUGCCAGAUGAACCUAUCAUCAAUCAACUUUUACUACAAUUAAUUGAAUUUUAUAAUAUCAACAACUUACUGUUUUGGUACAGAGUCAUGAGUGGUAUCAUGUUUAGUUUGUGGUUGACUUCUCUUCUCAAAGAUGGUUUUUCUAUCACUCACAAGACCUUAAUUACCCUCAUACUUUACUGUAGUAUUAUGUUUACACUCAAUAUGGCUUAUGACUUGACAGAGAAGCAACAAAUUACAUUUGACAUUCAUGUAAAUGCGUCUUCUCAUUUAGCAAAAGUGACAAAAACUGCCUAUGAAGAACGAUACAAGCAUGAAUGCAUUUGGUACGAACUUCCUGUUAGCAAGCAAUUUGAGUUAGAAAUCAAAUCUUUGUUCCUUAGACUAAUUCCUGGUUAUGGCGAUCAAGCAAGUCAACUACUUGCCCGAAAUGCUACCGGCCACUUGAUUCACAAUUCUAGAUGCCUGCAUUACAUUCAAGUUCUAGAGAGCCAAGACGAGAAAGUUGUGUCACAUCUCAUUCAGACCAGCUCCCAUUCUUCCUCUGGAAUUGAUGUUCAACAAAUUAAUAAUCCUUCAGAAAUGGCAGGAGGAACUUAUCUAGAUUUUGCUUAUUCGAUUGUUAUGAAAAGUUUCAAGGCCAUUGUGGACGGAUUGGAAUUAUUUUCCACAAAAACUAGUUUUAUUACCAAGAUUUGGUGUUUGGCAGUCAUUGCUCUAGUGUUAUUGGUUAUGGUUAAGAAAAUUGUGUUCUGUUGUUAA